GGCUCACCAGAUUUUGCCCUGUUUGCUAUCAGUCCUCAUCAUGGGUGGCAGCGCCAGCCGAGUGACGUGGCGGGAGAACGAGGCGUCUCCCCUGGAGCCGUCGCAGAAGAGCGUGCUGUCCGAUCCUUUGGACUCGAUCGAAUUUUCCGAUGAAGCCUUCUGGAAGCAUUUGGGCGCUCUGAAACGAGAGGCCAUCCCACUGCCGAUGUUCGCCAAAGCGCUGGGUGUGCACAUUGCGAAGCAUGAAGUGACUGACCGCGAGGACGGCACCUUUUUGGUGACCACCACCAUCGGAGGCUACUACGGCGGUGAGGUGGAUGUGAACUUUGUCCACAGCUAUGAUCCGGAGACCAACACUUGGACGCAGAAGUGCGACCGCGAUCCCGGGCUGCAGAAGGUGAACAACCAGGUCAAAUUUAGGCUGCAUUCCUCGCCCCGCCUCAUCGAGAUGUGGUGCGUCAACGACGAAGCCCGCAACUCUGGGCCGGAGGUUGCUGCAGGGCUGCAUGCUGUCACAGGUGGAAUCCUCAAGGAUUUGGCAGGACAGGAUGCUCCCCCCGAGUUCGAGGUCAAGGCAGAUCAGCCGUCCAAAGAUGGGUCAGGCAAGCUCUGUGCGCAGACAGCGCCUUUGGAUGCGUUCAUAUCCAGCGUGGAGAAGUUCAUGGAACAGGCCAUUGACGGGGCCAAGAAGGGCAAGGGGGCAGUGACGCAUGUUGAGUUCGUGGUUCUGGAGGACAACGGCGACAACUUCAAGGUAAAGGAGGUCACCGACCCAGAAGGCAACGGCCAGCACAAGGUGAGCUACGUGCACCAUGUCUACGACAAGGCCUCAGGCACCGUCAUGGCUCACAUCUACAAGGAGGACAACUUUGCGACGAAGAUCGCCACCUUUGUGACCAAGGUCUAUGCAUCGCCGUUCGUUGUGGAGCAGUACAUCGAGUCGCACGCCGUGCGCCACGCGGGCGCGGACGUGGUGAAGGCCGUCGGCCCGCAGGUGGAGACCGUCCUGAGCAAGGCAGUGGAAGAAGGCAAGUAGUGAAAAGACGGAGUGCACGGAUCUGCGAGCUUCUGCUCAUUUUAAUCUCGCAUUGGGGCGUGUCUCAAAUCAGCUUUGAGGCACGAAACGAACGAGCGCCCUUUUUUUGUGAUCG